AUGGAACAAGGAGAUGGCAAUUCACCCUCCAAUUCACAACAAACUGUUUCUGAUGAUGACGAGAUUGACUACUCAACCAAACCAGAGUUUUAUGAUCCUGAACUUGAUGAAAAGGAUGAAAAGUGGAUUCGUAAAAACAGACAUGGACGUGAUUCUGAUGCGGUGCUUUGCUGCCCUGCUUGCUUCACCACACUCUGCCUAGAAUGUCAAAGGCAUGAGAAAUAUUUGACCCAGUAUAGAGCAAUAUUUGUAACAAACUGCAAGAUUGAGGAUAAACCAGUUAUGACUCAAAGUAGCUCAAAAUCAAGAAAAAGAAAUACAAGAGACAGAGAAUUUGGUGGGAGCCAUGCAAUUUCAUCUAGUACUGAAAAAUUAAAACAAGUCUGCUGCACUGUCUGUUCAACAGAGGUGGGUGUCUUUGAUGAAGAUGAGAUUUAUCAUUUCUUCAAUGUACUCCCUAGUGAAUGCUGA